AUGGCUCACCGUUUGCGUCUUUACCAGGACGAGAAAGAGAAAUAUGUCACUGUCGAGUCAGCGGCGAAAGCGCGUGCUGCGCGUGUCAAGGAUGCCAUGGCGGCCAACCCAACCUUCAACGCUUCCGCAGCGCAGCAAUUAGGUACUUACGGCACAACCGGACUGUAUCUGGCUACAGUAUGGGACCACGAUGCUGGUGCUGCGCCUAAGAAAUGGGUCAAGGCUUUCUUCGAAGAGGAGCGAAUCGCUUUCAAGAGGCCUCAGGUACUGAAAACUCAGGAGUUCUUGAGCAACAUGACUUUAGCUGUAAGGGCUGUCCAAGUCUAA